AGUCAGGCAACAAAAAAAAAACCGAAAGGGUUAUUUGUUUUCAUCCUUGCUUUGCAUUCAUGCACUGCAAAGCAAUACGUUCUGGAUCUGAGGGGACUAUGUGAGGUUUUCACCGAGAAAAGUUGCAUUGGCAGUUCGUCAAACUGAAAUGGAGGGCUUGGGAGAUAAUAUCACUUCUGUCCAUCGCAGAAGUUUUUAUUCCACUGCUCCCAGGACUAACCCAAGCCGGUCUGUACCAGGAGUAACGGUAUACACAAUUUCGGACAAACCAAACUCUUUUGGCUUAGAAUCUCUUAAACCAUAUUCACCUCUUUCUACAGUAGCCACAAAUGCGUCACUCACAUUUGGCAGUCAUUUGGGGAGCAGUUGUUAUGGUGGCACAAUUCCUGACAGCAAUCUAUUCCAACAGGGUGUGAUGAAACCUACUUCUCAGGCGUCUCUAUCUGGACACUCAUCAGAUAAACCAAUGCAUUUCUCAGGGGUUUCAAGUUCCAACAUACACUGCAGUGAAAUGCAGUCCAGACUGAAAGACUUUGGAAAUGUUUACCAAGGUCUUUACCCAAGAAUCACUGGAUACAUUGAUGUACCUGUUGUAACAAGGGCUGGUCCUGGAGAUCCGAGGCAUGAGGCCUAUCAGCAAUUGAACUGGGCUAAUAGUUGGAGCAAUCCACUGUAUUAUGCCAGAGAACAGAAGCAGGGCUCGCAAUUCUGGAAGUCAUUCCUCACAGAGGAAGCAGUAAUGAACCAGCCAGAUGUCUGCACUUCAUACCGACGUGGGAGGAAGAAACGGGUGCCCUACACGAAACUACAGCUCAAGGAACUUGAACGAGAGUACACCAUUUGCAAGUUUAUUACCAAGGAGAAAAGACAACGGAUAGCUUCUUCCACCAACUUGUCUGAGAGACAAGUAACAAUAUGGUUUCAAAAUCGUCGUGUCAAAAACAAGAAGCUUAUGUCAAAAGAUAGAGACCUUGAAACUUUCUCUUGAUUUUUAAAUUUCACCAUUUAUGAAAUGCUGAAUUGUCUCAGGUAUUAGUCUCACAAUAUUUAGGUACAUAUUUAUAUUCAUGUGUUAUAAUGUGUGCUGACUGAUAGACUAAGCUGUUGUCAAUUGUUUAGAGCAAUAUUAAAUCAUAUGAUGUUGAAAUUGUUUUUCUACAAUUCUGAAAAAAGAUUUCUCCUGCUCUUUACUUAAACUUUUGUUGUUGAAAUUAUAGGGUUGGGUUAUGUAGGUCAAAUUCCAAGUAUAUUGUAAGAAUAUAAAAUCUCCUAGAUGUAUUUUAAAGAUUGGUCUACAUUUGGGGUCCGUUUCCCCAGACAAAGGUUAAGCCUAGUCCUGGACAACAAAAAAACAUUCUUAAUGUAGAAUCUCUAUUGACAGUGAUUCUCAAUGUAGAUUCUCCAUUGACAGUGCUAGUCCUGGACUAAUAAGCAGUCUCAAUGGAGAAUCUCCGUUAUGGAAACAUUUGUUUCAAGGUCAAAGCUUAUUCGAAAAAGUUACGUGUUUUGUGUUGAUAAGGUAAAAUAUGUUUGCCAAAGCAAAUGGUGAAUUAGGUAUGAUUGGGUCAAUAAAAUAGAAUA